GCGAGUUCGGGCGACUUUUCGAAUAAAAUUGGCGUUUGCCACCCGAAAUCGCCCGCAUUUUCCCGAAAUCGCCCGGAACAUUCCCGAAAUGCAAUUCCUUGUGAGAAACCAUGCGGACGAUAUUUGGGAAGAAGGCGCUUGAAGAGAAAGGAGUUAAUAUAGUUUAUAUAUAAGUUAUUUAUAAAGUAAACUUCAUCAAAAACCAUCAAAAACAGUUCUCUUAAGAACUUCACUACCACAUAACCAGAAGAUAUCUAUCGUCCUCCAGGGGGUACAAAGAAGAGACUUUCAAAUAAAGAGACUGUCAUUCCAUACUUUACUGAGGAUGAUAUCUUUAGAUGCCAGCUCAACAAACACAACAAAUCCCAAAAAGCGAAAGCCACCAGCUUCAAGAGCAUCCCCACGAAAGAAGUGUAGAGAAACCCAAGAACCUUUUCCUGAGCCUCAACAGGAUCCAGUCAUAGAACCAGAGAUUGAAGAAUCAAUUGACUGGAAGGCAAAAUACCAUGAACUUUUACAGGAAAACAAUUUAUUGAAACAACAGUUAAAAUUGAGUCAAGAACAGUUAAAAUUGAGUCAGUCAUUGAAAUUCCGGUUUAUUGACCACGUUAUGGGAAGUGACAAAAUGAAAAAAUGUGUAAACACUAUACUGCAUUUCCAACGUAUUUUAAGCCAUUAGUUAAAAAGCAAAUCUACUUUGAAAACUGCUCCUUUCAAAUAAAUAAUGAUUUUGAAAUUUUCCUACCCUCUUUGAACAUGAAAAUCACAUAAAUUGGUUUAUAAAAGACAUAUUUUUUUUGUAUGAGAGGGACUAAUAUUUUUAGCUUAGGUAAUAUUUUAUUAUUUUAUUAUUUUUUUGAUAACAAUUUUGACAUUUUGAUAACAAUUUUGACAUUUUUUCCACUGUUUUACUAUAUAUAGUAUUAUUACUAUUAGUGUUCAUUAUACCAGUCAACUGAGGUCCUGGAAAUACAUUUAGAUAUAAA